AUGGCUGAUCGUCGCAAUGAUAAUGGCAAGGCAGCAGGCCCCGGAGGGGUUGGUGCAUAUGCCAUUGAUCUGGAAAACUUCAGUAAGAGGUUAAGGUUGCUAUAUUCCCACUGGGCCAAGCAUAAGGAUGAUUUGUGGGGUUCUUCUCAGGUGCUUGCAAUUGCUACUCCUCCACCAUCUGAGGACUUGCGGUAUCUGAAGUCGUCUGCCCUGAAUGUCUGGUUGGUAGGUUACGAGUUUCCAGAUACAAUUAUGGUGUUCAUGAAGAAGCAGAUUCAUUUCUUAUGUAGCCAGAAGAAAGCCUCUUUACUUGAAGUGGUGAAAAAAUCUGCAAAGGAUGCCACCGGAGUGGAAGUUCUGAUGCAUGUGAAGGCAAGAAAUGAUGAUGGUACCACAAUUAUAGACAACAUUUUCCGUGCUGUUCAUGCCCAAUCGAAGUUGGAGGGUCGUGAUACUCCUGUUGUGGGCCACAUUUCAAGGGAGGCCCCUGAAGGAAAUUUGUUGGCAACAUGGGACGAGAAAUUGAAGAAUGAAAAUUUUCAGCUUAGAGACGUAUCUAGUGGCUUCUCCGACCUAUUUGCAGUGAAGGAUGAGUCUGAGAUCACAAACUUGAAAAAAGCAGCUUAUUUGACCUCUUCUGUGAUGAAGCAUUUUGUGGUCCCAAAGUUGGAGAAGGUCAUUGAUGAAGAAAAGAAAGUUUCUCACUCUUCAUUAAUGGAUGACACUGAAAAGGUUAUACUUGAGCCUGCAAAGAUCAAGGUGAAGCUCAAAGCUGAUAAUGUUGAUAUCUGUUAUCCACCAAUAUUCCAGAGUGGAGGAGAGUUUGAUCUCAAACCAAGUGCAGCUAGCAAUGAUAGUAGCCUUUACUAUGAUUCCACCAGUGUCAUCAUCUGUGCAAUUGGUGCCCGUUACAACAGCUAUUGCUCGAAUGUUGCCCGGACUUUCCUUUUUGAUGCCACUCCAAUGCAAAAAAAUGCGUAUGCAGUCCUCCUGAAGGCACAGGGUGCAGCCAUAGCAGCUUUAAAACCAGGAAGCACAGUUGGUUUGGCAUACCAGGCAGCUGUAGCUGUAGUUGAAAAGGAGGCACCAGAAUUGGUUGCAAGCCUGACCAAAUCAGCUGGAACUGGAAUCGGGCUUGAGUUUCGGGAGUCAGGUUACAAUCUCAAUGUCAAGAAUGACAGAAUUCUGAAAGCAGGCAUGGUUUUUAAUGUGUCUCUUGGUUUUCACAAUCUGCAAGCAGAGACCAAAAAUCCUAAAACUGAAAAAUAUUCUCUUCUGCUUGCUGAUACUAUUAUUGUUGGUCAAAGUGGGCCUGAAAUCAUUACUUCUCUUAGUUCCAAGGCUGUGAAGGAUGUGGUGUACUCGUUCAAUCAAGAUGACGAUGACCAAGAAGAGCCGCCAGCAAAAAGGAGUAAGCCUGACAAUGUUGAAGUACUUCCAUCCAAGGCUACACUUAGGUCAGUCAACCAUGAGAUGUCGAAGGAGGAACUAAGAAGGCAGCAUCAGGCAGAACUGGCUCGGCAAAAGAAUGAAGAAACUGCAAGGAGGCUAGCUGGUAAUGAUUCUAGAGCUGCAGAUAGCCGUGGCUCUGGAAAACCUUCUAGUGAACUGGUUGCAUAUAAGAAUGUCAAUGAUAUACCUCCACCGAAAGAACUCAUGAUCCAGGUUGACCAGAGGAAUGAGGCCAUUCUUUUGCCUCUUUAUGGAAGUAUGGUCCCCUUCCAUGUUGCCCAUGUCAAGAGUGUGUCGAGCCAGCAAGAUACAAAUCGUUCUUGCUAUAUUCGAAUUAUAUUUCAUGUACCUGGUACUCCUUUCAGCCCUAUUGAUAGAAACUCAAUGAUGAAGUUUCAAAGUUCCCUUUAUGUCAAGGAAGUGUCUUUCCGCUCAAAGGAUCCCAGGCACAUCAGUGAAGUAGUACAGCAAAUAAAAACUCUUCGAAGACAGGUUGCAUCCCGUGAAUCAGAAAAAGCUGAGAGAGCGACAUUAGUCACACAAGAGAAGCUUCAACUUGCUGGAUCUAAAUUCAAGCCUAUAAAAGUGACCGACUUGUGGAUCCGUCCAGUAUUUGGUGGUCGUGGGAGAAAGCUAAGUGGUACACUUGAAGCACACACAAAUGGACUGCGUUAUUCAACUUCAAGGGCCGAAGAGAGGGUUGAUGUCAUGUAUGCCAACAUCAAACAUGCAUUCUUCCAGCCGGCAGAAAAGGAAAUGAUCACCCUCCUGCAUUUCCAUCUGCACAAUCACAUAAUGGUGGGAAAUAAGAAGACAAAAGACGUUCAGUUCUAUGUGGAAGUAAUGGAUGUUGUUCAGACAAUUGGAGGUGGGAAACGCUCUGCAUAUGACCCAGAUGAAAUUGAGGAGGAGCAACGAGAAAGGGAUAGGCGGAACAAGAUUAAUAUGGACUUCCAGAAUUUUGUAAAUAGAGUAAAUGAUCUCUGGGGUCAGUCUCAAUUUAAAUCAUUUGAUUUGGAGUUUGACCAGCCCUUGAGAGAGCUUGGCUUUCAUGGAGUUCCCCAUAAAUCAUCAGCUUUCAUCGUCCCAACUUCAAGUUGUCUCGUAGAGCUCAUAGAAACACCCUUUGUGGUUAUUACCCUGAGUGAGAUUGAGAUAGUCAAUUUGGAGAGGGUUGGCCUUGGACAGAAGAAUUUUGACAUGACUAUAGUGUUCAAGGAUUUCAAGAGAGACGUUAUGCGGAUUGAUUCGAUUCCCACUUCAUCACUGGACGGUAUCAAGGAAUGGCUGGACACCACAGAUCUCAAGUACUAUGAGAGCAGGCUAAAUCUGAACUGGCGGCCCAUACUGAAGACAAUCACUGAUGAUCCUGAAAAGUUCAUCGAGGAUGGUGGAUGGGAAUUUUUAAACAUGGAGGUUUCUGAUUCUGACUCCGAUAACUCUGAGGAAUCUGAUCAAGGAUAUGUACCUUCGGAUGCACAAUCUGAGUCUGUUUCAGAGGACGAGGACGACGACAGUGAAUCCCUUGUUGAAUCAGAGGAAGAUGAGGAUGAAGAUUCCGAGAAAGAUUCUGAAGAAGAUGAGGGGAAAACAUGGGAAGAGUUGGAAAGAGAAGCAAGUAAUGCUGAUAGAGAGAAAGGCCAUGAUUCGGAUAGUGAGGAGGAUAGGAAGAGAAGGAAAAUGAAAGCAUUUGGAAAAGCACGGGCACCUGAGAGGAGAAAUCCAGUUUCCAGCAGCCUUACAAAACGAGCAAGGUUCAGAUAA